CUGGAUAUUUGGGGAUUAUAUUGCAUCUUUAAAACCGGACAAGGCAGCAGAGUUAAGAGAUAAAGGCUGAACCAUUAUAUAACUACUUUAUUCAUUAUGACUGUCCAUACUGGCUGGCGCACCCACGAUUGCUGCAUACAUAAGUGCUGACCAAUCACUCAACAUACAUCUGUCUUGUGCUUCUCCUGCAGCGAAGAUACAUCCAUAUUAUAUUCUUAGAGGUGAUUCUGUGCACUAACUGUGUUUGCCCAGGAGACAUAAAGAAACAAGAACCCAAAACAUUUCUUAACCCCAACAACAUACAAGGAAAUGUACAGAAGCUGAAACUGCUUUGAAAGAAAUGUGUAAUAUCCCAAAAGCAUGAAUGUGACGAUUUCUAUUCAUCCAGGGCAUGGUACAUCUAAUAUAAGUAAUUAAAAAAAUUUUGUCUGCUCAAAAGGGAAACCCAUGUGAACAUGACCAUGUAGGGCUGUUGCAGCAUUUAAUGACAUUGGCAGAUUUUCUCUUGGCACCAAUGCAAAAAGAAGAUGAAUAAAAAGAGACAGAAUUCCUGGGAUACAAAAACAUCAUGUUUGGUCUUAGAUUUUACUAUUUGUCUGAGAAACCCCCGAGUAGAGAAACAAUCAAGAAGGAGUCGUUGCUGCAGCCUGAUCUACAAUGGAAAUGGAAAGUUCCACUUCUUCUCCUAAUGUCACCAACUUUUCCACUGAUGCCGAGUUACCCGAGGAAAACAUUUUCUACUUGGCACGAGCAAUGUGUAUAACAUGUCUAAGCCUAACAUUCAUUUUAGGAAUUCUUGGCAACGGACUGGUCAUCUGGAUAACUGGAUUUAAAAUGAAAAAGACAAUGACUACCAUUUGGUUUCUCAACCUUGGGAUUUCAGAUUUCUCCUUCUGCCUUUUCCUUCCUCUCCAUAUUACUGAAGCAGUACUGUGGGGUAACUGGCCCUUUGGUCAGAUAAUAUGCAUGGGUAGAUAUUUCACCAUGGGCCUAAAUCAGUGUGCAAGUUUAUUAUUUUUGACAACAAUCAGUAUUGAUCGUUGUAUCUGUGUUCUGUACCCAAUAAGGUCAAGGAGCAACAGAACCUCCAGGUUAGCAACAAUCAUCUCAGUAAUCAUUUGGCUCCUAUCCGUGGCUCUCAGCUUUCCAAAUUUUUUUUUUACUGAUAUCAUAAACUACAACAAUUUUUCUCUUUGUUUUCUGAGAAAUGGAAGUUGGGACAAUAUUACCACAAUUCAUGAGGAGAUGUUUAUUCUAAAUUUCCCGGCCAUGGUCAUUUCUGAUUUUGUGUUCACCUUCCUGAUACCUUUUCCAAUCAUAAUCGUCUGCUAUGGGCUCAUUGCAUUCAGGGUGCGAAAAAACAAAAGAAUCCCUGAGUCAUCUCGAACCUUAAAAAUUAUACUAAUAACAGUCCUUUGUUUUUUCUUCUGCUGGGUUCUAUAUCAUUUAUUGCCUAUCAUUGACAUAGCAGGCCUUUACAUAGAGUGGCCUCAUAAAUUUCUCCUUUAUGCAUUUGCAGACUGCUUGGCUUUCUCUAAUAGUUGUCUCAAUCCAGUAAUCUAUGUCUUUGUUGGCCGGGACUUUAAAGAAAGUUUAAAGAAGUCAAUUCCAUUCCUUCUGGAAAGUACAUUCAGAGAGAAAACUGACCCCCCAGAUAUUCUGGAAGGCAACAACAUUUUAUAAAGUGAAAUGGUAGCUUAACAUGUUUCUAGCAAAAGGUUUUUCUAUUAAUGUAUUUCAUAUAUAAUUGGCAGGUAAUACUGCUACUGAAAACAUAAGAUUAUUUCUCCAUAAUAAAAUCACUUUUAAUUUAACUUUCUGCAUGGAAGACAAUGGAAAGCAGUACUUGCCCCAGGUCCUCUGUUAGGUUGAACAUUUGCAUGUUAGAGGAAUAUUAUAUUAUUUGGCUACAGUUAUCAAGAAGGGCAUAAAAUAUGGACAUUAGGAGGUAUGUCAGUAUAUACUUACUGUAACUAUGGGUGUAGACAGUAGAAUUCCAAAACAUGCAUUUGCAAUUAUUUUUCAGUAAUUUAAUAAUUUGUGAGUAAUUUAAGGUGGUCACAGUAAUAGUAUAGUGAGUGUGAUUCCACUCUCUGCCAAAAAGUGCAAGAUUUUUGGUAAAAUAAUAGUAGGCUGUCUCUUAACAAUAAAAGUCUUCCUGGUAAAGAGCAGUUCAUUGCCUCAUGGCAAAAACACGUGGUCCUUCAUAAAAGAUACAGUUGGGGAGGGUCAACCUUCAAGACCAAUGUGUUGAUCAGAGGUCAACUAUAACCAUUUUAACACCCUCUCUGGAAUUUACCUGUUGAGACAAACACUAUGCAAUGGUGAUCUAAAAAGAGUCUCCUCUGAAAAUCUUUAAGACCUUCCUUAACAAAAGCCAGCAUUUCAUCCCUAAACAUCUAAAGAGGGAGGUACCAACCUAGGAAAAAUAUGGCCAGAGGUGCUUAGUUGGGACCACAAUUAGUGGUUAUCAUAACAUUUAUCAUGACAUGAAUUUUAUCACCUCUUAAUAAAUAUGCCCUAAAACAUCCUAUACAAGUCUGUAGAGAGCUGGAGAGUCUUCUCUAUAAAACUCUAGUAAGCUCAUUCAAUAUGUCCAAAGGAACCAAGAAGUUUUAACUCUUGUAAUAAUAAUAAUAAUAAUAAUUAUCCAUGUUAUGAAAACUUGCAAAGGUUCUCCUCGACCAUCUGGCUCCUUUCAAACUGAUCCACCCUGUAAUUGUCUAGCUUGCUUUUAUAUUAAUAUUUAUUUUUGCUCCUGUACAUCUGCUGAGAAUGUUUUCAUACUGUAGAAGAUGCUGGAUUAUUUUGAUUAAUGCAACAAACUCUGCAAAGAGACAGGGAGAGAACAGAAGAACUACAAGAUCUAUACAUGGAGGACAUUUGAUGGAAUACAAAACCCUAAGACCAGGGUCAUAUGGGCCAUAGCACAGUGUAGCAGAGAACAAUGUAACCAACCCAUCAAUGUGAUUGCUGUAACCACACUGCUGGUACAAUUUCUGAUGAAAUUUGAUGAAAAAAAGCAUUGUGCUCUGGAAAUCUGGGGCUUGGGAGAUUGAGGGAUAAACAAUGAAAUGCUCUCAUUGGUUGACCAAACAUGGAAUAUGCCCUUACUGUCCACAAGCUACUGACACAGAUCACUUUUUGGAAAUAUAUUUUACAGCAUCUGUGCCUUAACAUCACUUCAACAUCAUUUUUGUCUCCUUCAUGCUGCAUCCAUACUAUUUAUUCCAAGAGGUGAUUCUCUACAUGACCAUGCUUGAGAUAUGAGCCAAAUAAGAUGAAACUGAGAUUAAACACUUGCUUAACUCCUGCAACAUGCAAUGAUAUGUACAAAAGCUCUGACUACUUUGAAACAAAUGUAUAGUACCCUAAAGGAUGUUUAGAUGAAACUGUAUGUCAGUUUAAGAGGGAAAUACCCAAAUGAACACAUCCAAAUAGGGCUAUUACAGUAUUUAAAGAUACUGGCAGCUUUUCCCUGGGAACCGAUGGGAAAAAUAGAUGGGAAAUGUAGAGUCACAUGGCGAUUGCAA